CAUAAUUGAUAAGCUUGAAAACUAUUUAUUUGAAUUGCGCCUUUAACAUUAUCAUUUUCUGAUAAUCCACAUUCUGCAUUUACAAACGCCUCUGGUAAGUUGUAGAAGAGCUCUGCAUGCAACAUAUAUGAACAUUGGCGAAAACGUUGUGGAAGGUAGGUACGAGGUGAAGUGCUGUAAGUCAGUCCAACCUGACCGCGGACCAGCAAAGUGCACUAACUGGAAAACCUGCGAAGGCUGCUCAUUUCGAAUCGACGCGUUUUCAAGAGCUGUUGUGAUUUCAAAGUCAAGAGGAAAAAGAUUCAGUAAUAAUUUUGCGCGCGCGACGUUAAGUUUGAUUGUAAUAUUACGGGGCAAUUGUAAAAAAAUAAGUGCGUUGAUUCCAUCUUAUCAUAACAUAAAAAGUGAAAAGAACAAAAACUUGUGAUAUUCGAAAUGAUCAUAAUGAUAAAAAUAUUACUGACUUCUGUGCUUGUGUGUGGCAGUUUCGUGAUUUAUGCGCAAGCGCAGCAUCUGCUGACCCAGGCGCUCUACCUCGGCGAUCCGGCAUCGUUCAAUACGACCAAGGAUGACUGCAUUUGGAAGCGUGGCGAAGAAUACUGUCCUGAUCCGGACAUCAAAACCAUCCUCUACACGUCCGGUAUCGUGAAGGACAAGUUUUUGUUUAAUAUGAAUCACCCGGAUUGGCUGAACGAUACCGAAUGGGAGCCGUCGAAGGAGAAUAUCAUUCUAGUUCAUGGCUACGCCGGCGGAGAUGACACGCUGCCGAUUGCGGUUUUGCGGGAUGCUUACGUUAAUCACGGAGGAUACAACGUGUUUCUGGUCGAUUGGGGUGCUCUGGGUCAACCGCCAUGCUAUGUUGCUGCCGUUUACAAUAUUCGACCGAUUUCUGCAUGUCUCGCUAAAAUGCUGAUGAAGCUACGAGCCCUUGGACUGCCAGUGGAAAAAACGACUUGCGUGGGACAUUCUCUCGGAGCGCAUAUCUGCGGGCUGAUGGCAAACUAUCUAAACUUCCGACUGGAGCGCAUUAUUGCCCUGGACCCUGCGCGACCACUUAUGAAACCCGGAAAUGUGAACCGUUUGGAUAGCGGAGAUGCCAAGUCGGUUCAAGUGAUUCACACCAAUGCGGGCCAUUACGGUGAAGGUGGACGGGUAGGACACAUCGAUUUCUGCAUCAACGGCGGACGAAGGCAACCAUAUUGCGGAAAUAGCACAAACAUAAAUUUAUGUAGUCACAUUUGGGCCAUUUGCUACCUUGCACAGUCAGUGUACGAUGGUAUGGAGCCAAUGGCGGAACCAUGCCACCGGAGGUGCCCCACUAAUGUGCUGAUGCCACCAGGAGCGAGAAACGGAAGACAUGGAAAAGGUCGCUUUGGUUACGCAAUAGGUUAUGCCAUCCCUAUGGGCCAGAAAACUCCCCUGAGCGCUUUUGGAUCAUACUGCGUCAAAGAUCCUAGUCCACCAUUUUGCUCAAUAAACUCUGCAACGCCUGGUGACAAACGAUGCUGCAUUUAAAAACAUGACUGUAGUGACAUAAACUAUUAUGUGUACACAUAGUGAAACUAGAUAUAUUAUAAGUAUUAACAAACAGCUACUAAGUAGCUAGCAACGAUUUACAUGUAUUGAAACCAAAAGAUGAGCAGUGUAAUAAACGAUGGUGCUGAGAGUUUUUAAUUGAU